CAUCGGCCUCACUCAUCCAUCCCGGUUUGACCUCUGAGAUUUGUGUAAUUCCUCCAUGGCAACUGCUCUGCUUCGGAGAACCAGUAUCAUUCACAAUGCCCGCCGCUUCAAGUUCCCUAGCUCAUGGUUUCUCAGUGAGCUGCUGACUCAGCAUUUCCCGAUCGAUAAGGCUGUGAAUGAAAAUGCUAUUCGUAGAGUUUCAAAUGGUGUUUCAUUUUACUCCCAGGUCGCUUCUGGUGGUGGAGUCCCAUCGUAUAUGCGGGGAGCUGUAUUCUGGGAAUUUGGAAAGCCUCUCUCUAUGGAGGAAUUCCACAUCCCUCGCCCCAAGGCUGGAGAAGUUCUCGUUAGAACUAAGGGUUGUGGAGUAUGCCACUCUGAUCUCCACGUUAUAAAAGAUGAAAUUCCUUUUUCCAGUCCUUGCGUGCUGGGACAUGAGAUAACUGGCGAAGUUGUUGAACAUGGCUCUCUCACAGACAAUAAAACAAAAGAAAGGCUUCCCGUUGGAUCUCGAGUCGUUGGUUCCUUCAUUAUGCCUUGUGGCAACUGUUCUUACUGUUCAAAGGGGCAUGAUGAUUUAUGUGAAGCUUUCUUUGCUUACAACCGGGCAAAAGGAACCCUCUAUGACGGUGAAACUCGGCUGUUUCUCCGCGGCAGUGGAAAACCAGUCUACAUGUAUAGUAUGGGAGGGCUUGCGGAAUACUGUGUUGUGCCCGCAAAUGCGUUGACCGUAUUACCAGACUCAUUGCCAUAUACAGAGUCUGCAAUACUAGGAUGUGCCGUCUUUACUGCAUAUGGUGCUAUGGCCCAUGCAGCUGAGGUGCGUCCAGGGGAUUCUGUUGCUGUUAUUGGAACGGGAGGUGUUGGUUCUAGCUGUUUGCAGAUUGCUAGAGCAUUUGGUGCUUCUGAAAUUAUUGCUGUGGAUGUUCAGGAUGAAAAGCUAGAGAAAGCAAAAACAUUCGGCGCUACUCACACCGUGAAUGCAGCACAAGAAGAUCCAAUUGGAAAGAUAAUUGAAAUAACUGGUGGAAAAGGUGUUGAUGUUGCUGUGGAAGCCUUGGGAAAACCGCAGACGUUUUCCCAGUGCACACAAAGUGUGAAGGAUGGAGGAAAAGCUGUGAUGAUUGGACUAGCACAAGCUGGUGCUGUAGGACAAAUGGAUAUAAAUCGCCUUGUUCGUAGAAAGAUAAAAAUUAUCGGAUCGUAUGGAGGUAGAGCAAGGCAAGAUCUUCCUAAGUUAGUCAGACUGGCAGAAACAGGUAUCUUCAAUCUUUCCAAUGCUGUUUCUAGAAGAUACAACUUUGAGGAGGCAGGCAAAGCAUUUGAAGAUCUCAAUCAGGGAAAAAUUGUUGGACGAGCUGUCAUUGAGAUAAGAUAAUCUUGUUCUGCAUUGCAUGCAAUGCUUUGUGGCUAGAAUUCUGCUUCUUGCCCGUAACGCAAGGAACUGGUGGCCUGAGAUCACAUGAUGGAUAUUUUUUGCUCACAUUCUGCUCAUCUGUACUGAUAACAGUUCCUAAUGGCCAUGAUGUGUUCAAAGCACUCAAAUAAAAUAAAUAUUUUCAUGUCA